AGGAAGUAGGACUUGCACAUCAGCCACGGGCUAUGCUGCUGCGGUCGCUGCGUGGUUGGGCUGCCCGGUCGUUGCGUAGCGUGGGCCCGGGGAGCUCCGGGAGCCCCGGGAGUCUCGAUUCGGGCGCCGGGCCGCUGUGGGCACCACGCCGCGCCUGGCCUCCGGAUAAAGAUAGAGAAAAUGAUAAGGAGAGAAAAGCAGUGGUUUGUAUUGAGGGCAAUAUUGCAAGUGGGAAGACGACAUGCCUGGAGUUCUUCUCCAAUACCACAGAUGUCGAGGUGUUAAUGGAGCCUGUGCUCAAGUGGAGAAAUGUCCACGGCCAUAACCCUCUGGGUCUCAUGUACCGAGACGCCAGUCGAUGGGGCCUCACGCUGCAGACGUACGUGCAGCUCACCAUGCUGGACCAGCACACGCGUCCUCAGAUGUCACCUGUACGGUUGAUGGAAAGGUCAAUUUACAGCGCAAGAUACAUUUUUGUAGAAAACCUGUAUAGAAGUGGGAAGAUGCCUGAGGUUGACUAUGCGAUUCUGUCUGAGUGGUUUGCCUGGAUCUUAAGGAACAUUGAUGUCUCUGUUGAUCUGAUAGUUUAUCUUCGAACCACUCCUGAAAUCUGCUACCAGAGAUUGAAGAUGAGGUGUCGGGAGGAGGAGAAAGUCAUUCCGAUGGAAUACCUCAGCGCUAUUCACCGCCUCUACGAGGAGUGGCUGGUCAAUGGCAGUCUCUUCCCAGCUGCAGCCCCUGUUCUGGUGAUUGAGGCUGACCACAACUUGGAGAAAAUGUUAGAACUCUUUGAACAAAACCGGGCCCGGAUAUUAACUCCAGAGAACUGGAAGCAUGGACCCUAGGACUGAGUGGUCUACAAGACAGUGCCACAAACAGCCCAGCUGGGGCCAGGUUAGCUGCUAGGAGCAUUUGCAAGAAUCUACUCUCAGGAGGUUCUGUUACCUGAUCAGAUCUAUUUUCACAAUGAUCUUUCCACUGCAGUACAAAUGGCUUUUGUCUGUCAGAUGCUUGCAGCACACAUUCCCCCUGGUGUCCCCUCUGGUGGCUUCCUAAUGCUGAAGCCCUGUGUAAAAGUCCCUAGCCACCCCUAGGGUGUCACCUCAUGGGGUGAAGGCCCAGUCUUCCAUCCCAGGCAAGGACUUGAAGCCCAGACAGGUGCAGGGACUCUUCGAGUCGGAACAUGGUGGAGCUGGGGCCAUUCUGACACCUGGCUUGGGCUGUCUCCCCCUAAACUGUUCCCCACAGCCCUGCUGGUCUGAGCACCAGCCCCCCACCUUUUUGUGACAAGGGCUGGCAGUUUAUGGAUACAUCAUCUUUGAGUACUGGGCAAGUUUCAAGGAGACCAGGCACCACGAGGCGCUGGCGCACUUCUGUUACUUGGCAUGAGCCCAGGAUUUCCUGGCAUGAAGGCACCGCAACCUCCAUCCCUCUGUCGUCUGGACCUCGGUGUCCAUGGGGAAUCCUGGGCCGGCCUUUGCAUGGUGCCACAGUCCUUGAGGAUGAGCUCCUUGCCAGACUGCCAGUUUCGUGUCAUUCUGUGUGAGAGAGGGGGCCAUGGGACCUGGACACUUUGCCCUGUGCUGAGCGAGGCCAGGGGCAGCCAGCUGGGCGUCCAAGACCCCACCACUUCUCCUGUCCCCGUGUGAGGAGCAGUGCCCCUGUUCCAGGGAGAGUGAUGUGGCCUUAACUCACUCACUCCUUUGAAAUAUUUUUCCAUAUGAGCGGAUGUCAUGGACCACAGAGCAUGAAGUCAUCUCUGUUGGAUGAGAAAAUACCUUCGCUUUGCUUGGCCAUCACUGUGCACCAAAGGAGCAACUGUUACUUGAACUAGUUGAGACCAAGAGAGAGACCGACGACCAUUCCUCUGGGACAGAGCCUGGAAAGGCACAGUUUGCCAACACAGGCGUUUAAAGCCUUGCUGCUCUGGACAUUCCAGAACAGAUGGAGCGCAUCUGGACAAGACUGGACACACGAUAUAAGGGGUGGUCACUGUGUACUCUAGAGAAACAGCAGGGGCUGGGGUGGGGCUACAGAGGAGUGUGCGCCAGCUGGCCCUGCUGUAGCUGUGUGGUAGCCAGAAAGAGGGCCGAGAGUCCAGCUCUUGGUCCUUCCUGUUUGUACCAGUUCUUGGUAUGAAGAGUAGCAGCCAGGGGACUGUCCAUCAGCACAUGCAGUCCAGUAGUGGGUAAGCCAUAAGGGAGAUGGGGCUUUGAACGGCCGCCCUGACGGGGGGCGUCUUUAGGAUUUGUAAAUGAACAGCCCAUUACUCGCCCCUUUACUCUACCAGAGCACUUGUUUUGGAGGGGAAAAUGUGAUGUUUCUUUUCCUCUGUGGUAGCCAAUAAAUUCUAAAGCUAUUCUGAUGUCAGCUUUCUCCCUGUCUCCCCCUCUCUCCCUUUCUCCCUCUGUCUAUCUGUCUCUGUCUCUCUCUCUCUUUCCCCCUCUCUCUGUGUCUCUGUCUCUCUUUCCGUCUCCCUCCCUCCCUCCCCGCCCCCUCUCUUAGGGUUACACUAUAUAGCGCAGACUGGCCUGGAACUCUCAGCAGCAUUUUUGCCUCAGCCUUUUGAGUUACAGGCAUGUGGCACCACAUCAGGCUUGUGCGUUCACUUUUGAUUUGGUGUAAUUUUAUUUUUUAUUGUCAUGUGUUUGGGUGUUUUGCCUGGUGACCAUAGAGCCCAGAAGAGGUCAUUGGAUCUUUUGGGACUGGAGUUGCAGUUGUGGGGUGCAUGGGGAUUCUAGAAUGGAACCUAGGGUCCCUAGAAAGAGCAGCCAGUGCUCGGGACCCCGGACCCCUCUGCAGCCCCGUGUUCAUUUUUCCAACACCAUGUUUCAUAGCAUAGUGCGCAAGAGCCUGCCGACCUUGCACCGCAACCCUGCAGGCAGUGGCUCAGCUUUGCAGAACCUUCCAGAACCUUCCAGCUCAUAGAUCACCCCCAAAACAGCCAGAACCAGCUUUCCCAAGGGCUGCUAUCUAUGAGGCAGACCUGGGAGGGGCAAGAGUCGUGGAGCAAGUACCAGCACUGACAUCUCAUGGCCAGAAAAGGGCAGGUAGCUCAUGGCUGGCCACAAGCUCAGACGCAGGGCAUCACUGCCUCCAGCUGUCUUGGAGUGGCUGGUAGAAUGUGGCAGGGACUGGCGUCCCUGAAGAGCCAGCGUGUCCUUGCUUGACACCAAGACCUCUACUCACUCAUUCCUUCCAUCUGGGUCAGCUUUCACAAACUGCGUCUCAUUGUGGAGGGUCACUUCUCAGGCUUUGUGAAGAGAUGACCUGUGGCUAAGGUCCCCUUGCUCCUGGCCUCCAGGAUUUCUCAGGCCGAGUAGUAGUCUAUGGGGGUCUGGGAGUCUUGGAGGGAGAGAGAUGUAUGGUACUUCCCAACCUCUUGGACUCUGGCUUUCUAAAUAAAAACAUUAUUUUUAUUUUGAA